CCAGUUACCACCCUGGAACCCACUACACAAAUUCCUACAACGGCGUUGCCUGAUUUUGUAUGCACAUCAGAAGGUAGAUUCAAAGAUGAGCAAGAUUUAACAUGCAAAUGGUAUUACUUGUGCGUCCUUAGCGAAAAGGGUAUUAUGCAACAAGGGUACUAUGAAUGUCCUGGGACAACACUCUUCAGUACUGGGUAUAGAAGGUGUGUUCAGGCUUCUAGUUCUGAUUGUAUUCCAGUCACGCCUGCACCAACUGAUUUACCAACAAGCACACCUUCAAGUGGGUCAACAGAUACAACAACCGAUGUUUCAACUCAAACACCAACCGAAAGUUCUACUUCUCAAUCGACAGAAUCUUCUACAGAACCUACAAUUGAAACAACUACUGAAAAUAUUGCAACUAACCCAAGUACAAAUACCCCCACCGAUAAACCAACUGAUGCUCCAGAAUUUGUUUGUACCAAAGAAGGGCGAUUCAAAGAUGAACAAGACAAUACAUGCAAAAUGUAUUAUUUGUGCGUCAUUGGCGAUAAUGGAAAAUUCAAUUUAGGCCACUACAGUUGUCCAGGUACAACAUUAUUCAGUAUCAAAUAUCGAAGAUGUGUAAACGCAGAACUUUCUGAAUGUGAACCAUUGACGACACCAGUUACAACAGAGGAACCCACCACUACACAAAUUCCGACAACGGCGUUGCCUGAUUUUGUAUGCACAUCAGAAGGUAGAUUCAAAGAUGAACAAGAUUUAACAUGCAAAUGGUAUUACUUGUGCGUCCUUAGCGAAAAAGGAAUUAUGCAACAGGGGCACUAUCAAUGCCCUGGGACAACACUCUUUAGCACUCGGUAUAGAAGAUGUGUUCCAGCUUCUAGUUCUGAUUGUAUUCCAGUCACGCCUGCACCAACUGAUUUACCAACAAGCACACCUACAAGUGGGUCAACAGAUACAACAACCGACGUUUCAACCCAAACACCAACCGAAAGUUCUACUUCUCAAUCGACAGAAUCUUCUACAAAACCUACAAUUGAAACAACUACUGAAAAUACUGCAACUAACCCAAGUACAAAUACUCCAACUGAUAAACCAACUGAUGCUCCAGAAUUUAUUUGUACCAAAGAAGGGCGAUUCAAAGACGAACAAGACAAUACAUGUAAAAUGUAUUAUUUGUGCGUCAUUGGCGAUAAUGGAAAAUUCAAUUUAGGCCACUACAGUUGUCCAGGUACAACAUUAUUCAGUACCAAAUAUCGAAUAUGUGUAAACGCAGAACUUUCUGAAUGUGAACCAUUGACGACACCAAUUACAACAGAGGAACCCACCACUACACAAAUUCCGACAACGGCGUUGCCUGAUUUUGUGUGCACAUCAGAAGGUAGAUUCAAAGAUGAACAAGAUUUAACAUGCAAAUGGUAUUACUUAUGCGUCCUUAGCGAAAAAGGAAUUAUGCAACAGGGGCACUAUCAAUGCCCUGGGACAACGCUCUUUAGCACUGGGUAUAGAAGAUGUGUUCAAGCUUCUAGUUCUGAUUGUAUUCCAGUCACGCCUGCACCAACUGAUUUACCAACAAGUACACCUACAAGUGGGUCAACAGAUACAACAACCGAUGUUUCAACACAGACACCAACCGAAAGUACUACUUCUCAAUCGACAGAAUCUUCUACGAGACCUACAAUUGAAACGACUACAGAAAAUACUGCAACUAACCCAAGUACAAAUACUCCAACUGAUAAACCAACUGAUGCUCCAGAAUUUGUUUGUACCAAAGAAGGGCGAUUCAAAGAUGAACAAGACAAUACAUGCAAAAUGUAUUAUUUGUGCGUCAUUGGCGAUAAUCGAAAAUUCAAUUUAGGCCACUACAGUUGUCCUGGUACAACAUUAUUCAGUAUCAAAUAUCGAAGAUGUGUAAACGCAGAACUUUCUGAAUGUGAACCUUUGACAACACCAAUUACCACCCUGGAACCCACUACACAAAUGCCUACAACGGCAUUGCCUGAUUUUGUAUGCACAUCAGAAGGCAGAUUCAAAGAUGAGCAAGAUUUAACCUGCAAAUGGUAUUACUUGUGCGUACUUAGCGAAAAGGGAAUUAUGCAACAGGGACACUAUCAAUGCCCUGGGACAACACUCUUUAGCACUGGGUAUAGAAGAUGUGUUCAAGCUUCUAGUUCUGAUUGUAUUCCAGUCACGCCUGCACCAACUGAUUUACCAACAAGUACACCUACAAGUGGGUCAACAGAUACAACAACCGAUGUUUCAACCCAGACACCAAGCGAAAAUACUACUUCUCAAACGACAGAAUCUUCUACGAGACCUACAAUUGAAACAACUACUGAAAAUACAGCAACAAAUCCAAGUACAAAUAUUCCAACCAAUAAACCCACUGAUGCUCCAGAAUUUGUUUGUAGCAAAGAAGGUCGAUUUAAAGACGAACAAGACAACAGCUGCAAGAUGUAUUACUUGUGCGUCAUUGGUGAAAACGGAAAGUUCAAUUUGGGUCACUAUAGUUGCCCUGGUACAACAUUAUUCAGUAUCAAAUAUCGAAGAUGUGUAAAUGCUGAACUUUCUGAAUGUGUGCCUUCAACUACAUCAGUUGCAACGACAGAAACAACGCCCAUUCCAACCACAUCAAAUCCCACAACACCACCGCCAGAGUUUAUUUGUGAAUCAGAAGGAAGAUUUAAAGAUGAGCAAGAUUUAACUUGUAAAUGGUAUUAUUUAUGUGUACUCAGUGCCGAAGGCAUAAUGCAGAAAGGUCAUUACAAAUGUCCCGGAACAACACUCUUUAGUUUCGGAUACAGAAGAUGUGUUGAGGCUUCUACAUCAGACUGCAUACCAGCAACUACACCUAAUCCAAAUCCAACAACAACAUUUACUAGUACAACAACUACAAGUUCAACAACUAUAUUAACAAGUUCCACAACAGAUAAUCCUACAAGUUCUAUAACAGAUGUUCCAACAAGCCCUACCACAAAUAGCUCUACAAAUGAGCCCACUACACAGCCGUCAUCCUCUUUUACUUGCGUAAAAGAAGGACGAUUCAAAGACGAUGAAGAUGACACUUGUAAAAUGUAUUAUUUGUGCGUGCUAGGUAGCAAUGGUAAAUUUAAUCUCGGACAUUAUAGUUGUCCUGGUGAAACAUUGUUUAGUAAAAGAUAUCGUAGAUGCGUUAAAGCCGAGCUUUCCGGUUGCAAGCCAGACAUUGCAACUACAGAAUCAUCACCGACUAGCACUGAUAUAUCACACACUACAGAAAUUCCCGAAUUUACUUGCAUAAAAGAAGGCAGAUUUAAAGACGAAUUAGACACAACUUGCAAAUGGUAUUACCUGUGCGUCCGCGAUGGCAAUGGAAAUUUGCAGAAAGGUCAUUAUGCAUGUCCUGGAACAACAUACUUCAGUAAAUUUUAUAAGAGAUGCAUUCAUUCUACCAUGUCUAGUUGUGUGCCAAGCGAAUCUCAAACUACUUCAACAACUUUGGCUCCAACCACUACUCAAUCUAGUUCUACAUGUAAAAUGGCAGGAUCAUUUAUUAAUUUAGAUGUACCGCAUUGCAUGGCUUAUUACAAUUGCGUACAAAUACCAGGAAAAUUAGUCAGAAUUGACCACCAAUGUCCAAAUGGCACUGUGUACCACUUAAUUCAAAAACAUUGUGUUCCUGAUAGCGAAUACACAUGCCCAUUUUUCCUGAUUAAUGAGCUUGGGCAUAAUUCAAAACUGAAUCCUGAUCAAUAUAUAAGCUGUAAAACUAAACAGUUCUUAACAAAAUAUAGUCAACUUGCGACAAUAUUGAAUAAUCAAGAAAACACAAAAUGCAUCAGUGAAGAAGAAUUGGAAUCUCAAACCAAAUGGUUCGGAUGGUAUAUCUUCAACAAAGAAAACCCCCUUCAAUUAGGAAGUAUUAAAAUUCAACCCAAACUUGCAAAAUUUGACGACUCCUGUGAAGAAGGUGGUUGCAAGCCUGAGAAAACAAAUCCGCAUUCCAAACCAUUAGAUGAGUUCAUAAACCAAGAAGCUGUUCAAGAUACAGAUAAAGAUGAUACUUAUGAAGACCCAAAUGCAGACGAUCGUGAUAGCCAUCAUUCAGCAACCCACAGUGAUAUACCCCCAAUUCCUCCUAUAGACACCCCCCCACCGCAGCCCUAUGACGAAGAUGAUAGCCGCUAUGACGAACCUGAUGGUUACCAUGACCAGGAUAUUCUACCCCAUGACAUAGCUGAUGAACCUCAUGAAAUCCUUGAUCCACAUUUCGGUAUUGAAACACGCAUGGAAUACGAAAUUGAAAAACGUAAAAAGGAGAAAGAACAGCCCAAUUCUAGUAAAAAGGAUGAAGAUAGACAACAAGAUACUGACGAACCGCAGGAUACGGUUGCGGAAACCGAUGAACCAGAUUUACCAAUACUGGAUUUAGGCGGAGGAGAUAUGUGA